CUCAGUUAUAGUUAAAAUUUCAAGGAAUCAACAUGAAUAAAGUAGCUAAAGUGCUAUUAUUUUUAGGAAUCUGUGGAUUUAGUGCAAUAAAUGCCAGUCCCAUCCCAACCUCUUACAGAACAGCCGACUUCAACCGGUACUGGACUCUCAAUGAAAUUAAUGAAUACAUUCUAGAUCUUGGUGCUCGAUUCCCAAACAUCACAGAAGUUGAAGAAAUGGGAAUCACUGCUGAAAAUCGUACAAUUUAUGGCAUAAGAAUCGUCAAUAAUGCCAUCUUACAGGAAAAUAAUUAUUCUAUGCCAAUUCUUCUUAUCACUGCUGGUGCUACUGCUAGAGACUGGAUCAGUAUGAUGGCUGCAAUGAAUAUUAUCCACGAAUUGGUCGAGCAUUAUCACGAGUUCAGAAUACUUGUUGAUUACCUUGAGUGGUUUAUUGUGCCUGUUUUGAACCCAGAUGGAUAUGAAUUUUCCCGUGCUGAAGGUAACCGUGCCUGGACGAAAAAUCGCAGACCUAACACAGGAUCCAACUGCAUUGGCGUCAACAUUGAAAGAAACUUUGACAUUUACUGGGAUUCAGAUAUCAAUUCAAGUGCUGAUCCAUGUGACGAUAACUUCCGUGGCUCAGAACCAGCUUCCGAAGAAGAAUCAAGAUUUUUGAAACUUUUCUUCUCCUUAGCCAGACCAGUUGAAGUAGCUUACAUCUCAAUUCAAGCUGGACUUCCAAAUACAUUCAAUGGUGCGAUUGCUUAUCCAUACGCGUUCUCAAAUGAAGCUAUUCCUAAUGAAUGGGAUCGAAUGCAACCCGUUGCACAUGACAUGAGUGGCAACGUUAAUAGAAUGACCGGUGCUCGUUAUCGUACUGGAAGUGCUAGCAAUCUUGCAAAUCCAACAUCAGGAACAAGUCCUGAUUACGCAAAAUCUUUCGUUGAUAUACCUUAUGUCUACACAAUCUUUACAAAUCCAAGUGGAAGCUCUGGAUGGGAUGCACCAGAAUGGAGAAUCAAUCCUACUGUUGAUCAAGUAUUUGCAGCUAUUGAUGACUUGUCUAGACAUUUGAUUUUCUCACCGACUUUUAAGGAAAAUUGAAUUUUUUGAGUUUUAAUUUUUUAUGAUUUGAA